AGCAUGACAUUUGUCAAAAAAAAGUCAAAUCAAAUCUCAAUCACCGCACGGGGCAGAUUCUGUCGCGAAUUAAUUAGAAUUUAAUAUCUUUCAUUAAAAAUCAGUGAAUCUAGGGAUUAUUGCUCGACAAUGAGUGACGAUUAUUUGAGCAAACCUUUAUCGUUUGGAGCUCCGACUCCUGCACUUCCAUCCCAGCAGAUCCAACCUUUGUCGCCGUAUCUAAACUACGACACUCGCUAUCUCCAAACCCAGCCUGAAUUUAUCUUUCCUGAGGGAGCCUCCAAACAGCGAGGCAGAUUCGAGUUAGCAUUCUCACAGAUAGGGUCCUCUGCCAUGAUAGGCGCUUCUAUUGGGGGCGUAGCUGGUUUCUAUAACGGGGUACGUGCUACCACUUUAGCCAGUCAAACCGGGAAACUGCGCCGAACACAACUUUUGAAUCAUGUCAUGAAGCAAGGAGCAGCUACUGCAAACACCCUCGGAACCCUGGCCGUGAUGUAUUCUGCGUUUGGUGUAUUGCUCCAGUAUGCGCGUGGGGAGGACGAUGAUAUUAAUACCAUAGCAGCCGGCGGCGCCACCGGACUGCUGUACAAAUCUACCGCAGGCUUGAGAAAAUGUGCCAUGGGAGGAGGAAUCGGGUUGGCUUUGAGUUCACUCUACGUCUUGUGGAACGUCACCGGAGGAAGUUCAAAAAAAUUAAAAGAACUGCGAUCACAAUAUAUGUAGAUUUUUGACUCAAUUCCCAAGUAGAAUUAUGACAAGAAGCUAUCGAAAUUCGCUAGGUCCAGAUUGUAACAAUUCACAAAACUUUCAGUUGUAGGCCACCAUGAACAGUUUGGUUGGUCGACGGAGGCAAACCGGAAACAAGUGUUUCCUUAAGAUGGGUUUGAUUAUGUAUAUUUUAAGGUACACUUGUUAGCUGUGAUUCUGAAUAUUUUUUAAAUAUUUUCUUUAUACAAAAAGGAGCUCCUAAUUUAAGUACUGUUUAUAAGCAAAUAAUAAAUUGUAAUUAUACCUA